AUCUCAAAACAACCAUUGAAAGCGGACAUUAACUGUGAACACUAGAUUAAUUUUAAUGAAUUAAAUUGAAAAGAAGAUGAAUACUCAUCAUAGAAUUAUUAAUUCCCAAAAGUGAAGAGAACAUUCAUUGAAGAGAACGUCAGUCGCCGGAGAUAUAAUCGAUAACCGAUAGAUAAUUUGAAUAAAAUUGAAAUUAAUUUAUGAUGAUACGCAAAGCAUUUUAACUUUAUUAAGUCAACUUAAAAGAACUGAUUUUGAUAAAGAAGCAUCUAAAAGUAUCAGGAAGAUACAUUAAAAAUUAAAUUCUUUGAUUAAAAAUGUGAUGUGAAUUCUGUCUGUGUGUGUGUGUCAAGAAAAAAAGUUGAUUUUGUCGUGAACUUGAUUUUCGCAUAUGAUUUUCGCAGGAAUAACGCUGCGGCUCUUAGUAAUGGACUUGAAUAUUGCUUGAUUAAAACGUUGACGCGCUGAGUAGAAAACUUUUUUUUUUCACUGGAAUAACGUUGACGCGCUGAGUAGUGAACUUGUUUUUUUUUUCACUGGAAUAACGUUGACGCGCUACGUGGUAAACUUUUUUUCACUGGAAUAACGUUGACGCGCUACGUGGUAAACUUUUUUUCACUGGAAUAACGUUGCGGCGCUAAGUAGUGAACUUGUGUUUUACUGGAAUAACGUUGACGCGCCACGUUGUCUUGUUUUUACUGGAAUAACGUUGCAGCGCUAAGUCGAGAACUUGAUUUUCGCUGGAAUUACGUUGACGCGCUAAGUAUUGAACCUGUUUUCACUGGAACAGCGUUGUGGCGUUACGUGGUGAACUUGAUUUCGUUGGAAUAACGUUGCGGCGCUAUGUGGUGAACUUUUUUUCCUACUGGAAUAACGUUGACGCGCUUAGUAGUGAACUUGUUUUUCACUGGAAUAUCGUAGCUGAUCGUUUGUGGUGAAUUUGUGUUUUACUAGAAUAACGUUGACGCGCUACGUGGUGAACUUGUUCUUUUUACUAGAAUAACGCUGCAGUGUUACGUGGUGAACUUGUUUUUUUACUGAAUAUCUUGAUUUUGCUGGAAUAUCGUUGCAGAUUGUUUGUGGUGAAUUUGUUUCUCGCUGAUAUAUAACUUUGCGACGUGAAGUCCUAAAAUGGAAUUGGCAAUUUAUUGGUUUACAGCUAUCAUACUGUCUAGUCAAUUACGGGUCACUCAGGCAGCGCCACCAACAAUUACUGGCCUACCAACCACUCUGUAUGUCGGUGAACUAGAGAACAUCGCGGGGCAGGAACGUUUCCUGUACACGUAUACCAUCAGUGACCAAGAUAAGGACGCGUUUACUUGCGUCAACACCAUUACCGCAAGUCCUAAUGCUGCAGCUGGCGAUGAGUUUAACAUCAGAAAGGAUUCUUCUACCGGUGAAUGGAAGCUCUACCUCACAGCAGCAGGAGCAGCCAGCCUCGAUACAACUACCGCUGGGACACUAAUUACGUCAUACGCAAACGUCAUCCAGUGCACGGACGCCGGGGGAGCGGUCACUCAAUCAUAUACCGUUACCGUGAGCGUUGUUCCUGGGGAACUGCUUACGUUACCGAACGUAGAGGGGACCGGAAACUCAAUCACGCUUGACGCGCUGGCAACGACAAAGACGACGUUAUUGAAGACGUUAACGGCGAGCAGUCAGGGCGGUAACCUCGUUAAUUACACGUUGGUCAGUAACCCAUCCUUCUCGCCGGAGUUCUUUAAGAUUGACUCAAGCACAGGGCAGAUAACCGCAAACAGGGACUUGAAGUACCUAGACUCGAGCACUCCCACUGUGUAUCUGACAGUAAAGGCACAUGACACGGUGGACCUUAUAGAUGUCUACAAGACCCAGAUAGUCAACCUGAACAACCAAAACACUGUACCGCGUAUAGUGAACUUGGACCCCACGGUGAGUGACGCACAACUUGAGUCCCUGGCCGUCGGCACCGUGCUCUUUACCUUGACGAUCGAGGACCCCGACACCACAAAUACUCACUCCUACCGCGUGUCCUGUACCCCACCCGACGGCGACAACUCGUUCACUAUUGAUGCAAACGGUAACGUCAUUCUAUCACAGGCGCUGGACUACGAAUCGAUAACGUUUUACACGUGUGAUUUCUACGUCGAUGACUCAAUCUCAGAAGGUGGUCCGUUUACGUACGAACUGACUGUACAAGACGCAAACGAGUCGCCGACUUUCGCAGAUAACAUGUACUAUGCGUCAACGUCCGAGGCUUCGGCGGGAUCUGUGUCGUUCGACCCAGGUUUUUCUUGCACGGAUCAGGACGCUGGGGACUCCGCCACGUUAACGUACGGUUUUCAUCCAGCCAACAACAGUCAGAGAUUUGCCAUUAACUCCGCAGGCGUCAUGACUUUCAAGGAGGAUUAUGACGUCGACAACAGUAACAUGCCGUCGCCAGUGAUUCUGACGGUCUACUGUAUAGAUGAUGGCGGGACGACGGGCGUUAUGAAAACGGGGUCAAGUCAAGUGACCGUCACAAUCUCGGACACAAACGACAACACGCCGACGUUUGCCUCCACCGCUUACACGAUAGGUGUGUCUUCUUCCCAAACAGCAGGAUCACAAAUAGGAGCGGUGACGGCCACGGACGCGGACAGCGGGACAAACGCGGACUUGUCAUGUUCGGGAACCUCAAGCUCCGCCUACUCGGCCUACUACACUGUGGGCGCCGACUGCAAAAUCUACCUGUCCAAGACGCCUGAUUUCGCUUCCGGUACAACCGUUACAUACGUAACAAGAGCGGUUGACAAGGGUAAUCCUGCCAAGACAGGCACGACCACUGUAGAUAUCAUCUACCAGGAUGACACGACGACAACCACUACUACUGCAGCAACAACCACAGCAUACAACUUCUUUGACCACGGCGAAAAUAUCGCCAUGUUCGUUCUAACUUUACUGAUGGGGUUGGCAUUGUUAGGGGCGUUGCUAUACUGUUGUUUGCGGAUGUGCUGUGGUGGAGGGGGUAUGGGAGGAAUGUGCAGUAACAUGUGUGACUGCAGACAACAGAACCGAGCUAGGAGGGGCAGAUAUCCCCCAAGACAAGUCACGCCAGAUUCGAAAGUACCGGCCACCGUCCCCGGUCCGACAGCCUACUCCUCCGCCGAAGAUUAUAGAGCGACAACCUCAGCUCAUACGGACUAUUGGACGGCCAAUGCAAUAUGGAGGCUUGCAACCUUCCACCGUGCGACUGAUUCGCUCACCCGCCGUCCUUCCGCCGGGAUAUUUCCCUUGACACUCUUUAUAUGUAUAUUAAAUUCGACCAGCUGGAGGAUACAUGCGUCCGCCACCAUCUCUUCCUGGAUACUACCCUUGACCUUGACCUCCCCGUGACCUUUAAACGUUUGACCUUCACAUUGUAUACCACAAAUGAUGGUCACAAAGCUUGAACACUAUAAAUAACAUUAUGCCCUUCAGUCCUUUGAUAUUGUUUGCAAAGUAAUUAUUUGACAUUUCAAUAAAUUCUAGGAGCAAAAAAAAAUAAUGUCAUUAUAUAUAUGUAAAAUAAAUACAUUUUUCAAGUCAAACUCUUAGAAUUUUAUUGAUAUGUCAAAUCAUUACUUUUUUACUCUUUGAGUAGUUGUUGUUGCGAGUAAAGGAUUAAUGAUGAAUGUUAACGUGGUUAUUUUUAUUAUUAUACAUUGUGUAUUAUAAUUAUUUUUGUAAAUUUACGAUAGUCUGUUAAUUCUGUUUUGAUCCUUAACAUGUGUAUUUAUAAUAUUUUAUUAUAUAGUUGAAUAAGAAUGAAACGUAUUUGCUCAUGUUUAUGAACUUCCACUGUGUAUUAGUAAGUUUUUUUUUUAAAUAAUUCAUUCAAUUUCACACAUGCACUGUAACACACCGUCAUCUAUAUACGCCGCUAUGGAACGCCAAAUCUACAUAUAAAACUUAAAUAUUUGAAGGGCUAUUCAAACAAUUAUAUACUUUUUAAAAUCAUUAAAGAGAUCUCCAAUCGGAUUAAUGAUAUCACCGAUUAAAUGAGAGGUAUAUAAAAAUCAUUUAGAAUUUAUUAAUCAUUAAGAGAUUAUUAUUGAAGAAAAAAAUGGAGGCAACGAAUUUUUUGCGUUUUUUUAACCUACUUUCAUAUAUAAAUACCUAACAGCAACUGGCAGUUAUUUUUUCGAACAUAAUUUUGUAAAUCCAAUGCUAAAAUGAGAGUUACUAAUGCUUUGGAACAAUAAAAGCAUCUUUUGCUUCAUUUAAGAUAAUUAUAAACAAAAGAGCUCUAAUAGGAAAUUUUGAUAAUAUUUUGUUUCAUUUUAACAAGCAAAAUUGUUUUCUCAAUGUUUAUCCUAAAAAACGUGAACAAAUCCCUAUGCUUAAUUUUGCCAAUUAUUUAUUUUUCCCCAUUAUUAAAAUGUUAACGUCAUUGUUUUAAAUAAACCUGUUU